ACUGUGGGCUGACUACUCGCCCUAAAUAAAUUACUUUUUGAUAAUAUUCUAAUGUAUUGAGAUGCACCUGUAUAUCAUUCUCAUAUAUAAUUAAAAGGCUCUCUUGAGUGCAUGCAUUAAAAUGCAACUGGAUUCAAUGCAACUGCCUUAAUUGCAGAACAACGAGGCACUCAGUGAAACAAAUGCCGCGUGCUAGACCGGUUCGUUUCUGGGAGUUAUUCGUUAACAAAGUUUCGAUUUCUGCGGAGUGAAGGGAGAAAGUGAAACUGAUGUGAGCGCCUCUCAUGGGGAGUGCGCUGAACCUGUGUCUCCGCAUACGACGCAAAAUGCCCGGCUUUGUGGACCUCGUUUUUACCCUCUUCAGAUGGCUGUUUAACGGGGUCAAUCCGCUAUGGCGCUGGGUGACUUCGUUCCCAGGUGUUCGGUUCCUCCCUAGACUGCCGCUGCCUUGGUGGACGAGGAGCGGAAGCGCUUCGGACGAGGAAACGGGGACCGAGGACGACUUCACCGGAGAUGAAUACAAAGCCGACCAGGCAGACGAGUUUUACUGCGAAUAUGAUUCGUCCUGGGAGACGGAGCCGGGGGAGAGCUCCCAACCUAAGAGGGCCAGAUAUUCUGGAGGGCUCAGAAAUAACAAUUUCAGCAGGUUUCAAAAUGCUGCAAGAGACAUGCAGAAAUACAGGAAUGCCACCAACGUCAUAUUGCAGGAAUACAGGACAGCCACCGAGCUGAAUAGUACAACAAAAUCUGAAGAGCCACAAGAACUGCAUACCAUGCCCAAUCUGAGCUUUUACCUUGGGAAGACGCCCUCUUUACCAGACGGUGUCUACAUUAAGGAUUUCCACCACAGCUGGAAGGGAAAAUAUAACCAGCUGGAACGUGUGCACACCUUUAUCCAGUGGCUGUUUCCUCUGCAAGAGCCAGGGAUGAACUACGAAGCCAAAAUCCUAACAAGAAAGGAAAUUGAGGAGUUUCGUCGUAGUGACGUAGCAAAGGAAAAUCUGCUGGAGUCUUACAAGCUCAUGUUGGAUUUUUAUGGCAUCGCGUUUAAAGACGGAACAGCAGAGCUGAUAAGAGCAGACAACUGGAUGGAGAGGUUCGAGAAUCUAAACAGACACACGCACAACAACUUGCGCAUCACCCGCAUCCUGAAGUGCCUGGGAACUCUUGGAUACCCUCACUACCAAGCCCCUCUGGUUCGGUUCUUCCUGGAGGAGACUCUCGUCAACAAGGAACUUCCAAACGUCAAGGAGAGCGCCCUGAACUACUUCGUGUUCGCCGUCCUUGACAAGCGAGAGCGCAGGAAGCUUCUCCAUUUUGCCUACGAGCACUACGAGCCUAAAAGCCAGUUUGUGUGGUGCCCGAAGAAAAUCCAGGAUGUGUGGUCGGCCCGUUCGGAGGAACCAAAAAUGACCGAGAGAGACGGUUGGACCGAAACUUCAGUGUUAAACAAGUGACUAUGUUGUAGCAAUAAAUACGUUGACGGUAACGAUGAAAGUCUUUUGCAGAGUCUAAAAGCUGGUGAAGAGCUUUAUGAUCGGCAAGUAUUGAAUGAUAAAGUUUAGUCUAUUGUCCUCCACUGAACAGAAACAAUGUGAGUGCAGUCGUCUUUUCAGGUCUGUCUGUAAAUCCUGUUUGGAGGUUUUCAAUUGUUGCGUUAUUCUUACUGUUCUUUAAUACUGGAUGUAUAUGUUUUGCACUAAGUAGCUUUAAUAACAGAGAUUGAAGUACUUUACAGCAGCUCAGAAUACACAAGGUGGACUUAACCUGUGAUUAUUUUUGCUCAUAAUUAUUGUUUCUUAGUUUGACUUUUAGGAUUGGGAUGUUCAUACUUGAGUUGUUUAAAUUGCUUUGUUUUCUCUACUCAUAUUUCAUGUGUUUUUUUCUCAUUAAAGGAAUAGUUAUACUCCAUAAACCGACUCAUUCGAAUUGAAAGACUAUAGUGAGAAAAAGGCUUUUUACUAUAUCUGCUUGUUUCGUAUCUUUGACGUCCCUGAAAAAGC